AUGGAGGACAAGGAAGCAUCAGCAGAAUGUCGUAAAACUAAUGCGACGCAAGCCGGCUAUCGCAAGCGUGUUAUGCGUCGAAUCAAUGAGGAUUCACAUACUCAAGAACCAGUAGCCAGUGGUACCUCAAAUUGGCUUUCUGGCGAAGAACGAUCACGGCUAGAAGCUGUACAACGGGAUUGGCGUCUUUCAAGACCUGCUAAGCCUUACUCACCAUGGAGCCGUUAUCGGCAACCAUCUGUAGACAAGUCAUCGAAGCCAGUAGGAAUCACCACACGGAAGGACGCAACCGCACAUCAACAAAUUUCAUUUGAACGAAACAGAGUCCCAGCUGUUCCAUCACUUACAGUACAAUCAAGUUCUCAAGGAAGUGAGAAAAAGAUCCAUGAAACUGUGAAUGAGGAAGAUGAAAAGGAGAAAAUUGAGGAGAAUAUUGCAGUGAUUUCAAAAACUCCGUCGCCUCUGCCAUCACAUGAAAGUGAGAAGAAAGAUGAACUAGCUCGAGCAGAGGAAAAGCAGCGGGAGGUUGUGGAUGAUGAUGCUGAUGCGGAGGAGGAGAAGCCUAUCGAUAAAUCGCCAGAUGGACGAUUUUUGAAAUUUGACGAAGAGCUAGGACGUGGAUCUUUCAAGACUGUUUACCGCGGUUUGGAUACAGAAACGGGAGUUGCAGUUGCAUGGUGUGAACUUCAAGAGAGUAAGCUGAACAAGGUAACUGUUGAAGGCAAGGCAGAAAGGCAGCGUUUUCGGGAAGAAGCUGAAAUGCUGAAAGGCCUACAACAUCCCAAUAUUGUACGCUUCUAUGAUUAUUGGGAAAGGCAAGAUCACACUGGUAAAAAGAGAUAUAUUGUACUGGUGACAGAGUUGAUGACAUCUGGAACGUUAAAAAUGUAUCUGAAACGAUUCAAACGAAUAAAUAUAAAGGUGCUGAAAUCAUGGUGUCGCCAAAUUUUGAAGGGACUUUCUUUUCUUCACUCACGUAAUCCACCGGUAAUUCAUAGAGAUCUCAAAUGUGAUAAUAUCUUUAUCACAGGCACAACGGGAAGUGUUAAAAUUGGUGAUUUGGGAUUGGCAACUUUAAAAAAUAAGUCUUACGCUAAAAGCGUUAUUGGAACACCAGAAUUUAUGGCACCUGAAAUGUAUGAAGAAAUGUAUGAUGAAAGCGUCGAUGUGUAUGCGUUUGGAAUGUGCUUACUGGAAAUGGUUACUGGUGAAUAUCCGUAUAGUGAGUGUCAAUUUCCUGCUCAAAUUUAUCGUAAAGUUACUACAGGUGUGAAGCCAGAAUGCUUCAGCAGAAUACCCCAACAGUAUCCUGAAAUCCGGGAGAUAAUUGAUCGUUGUAUACGGGUUCGUCGUGAAGAAAGGUCAACUGUGAAACAAUUGUUGUCAGAUGACUUCUUCACACCAGAAGAGUUAAUCGGUAUACGAGUUGAAAUUAAGAACCGAGAUGCUGAUCUUAGUGAUAUUAAUUCUGAAAUUCAAAUGCAGCUGAGAGUGUUUGACGAAAAAAAGCGGAAGCAGUACCGUUUUAAAGAAAAUGAAGGGUUGCAGUUUGCUUUCGACAUUGAAACUGAUAAAGCGGAAGAAGUAGUACAGCAAAUGAUUGAACAGCAACAUAUUCCUGAAGAAGAUACACGCAUGAUUACGAAACUUAUCAAGGAUAAGGUUGAAGCGUUCAAGCGUGAUCGCGAAUUCCGACAUGCGGAACUGAAACGUAUGCGGGAAGAGGAACAACGCAAACAGGAGGAAGAAGCAAUUCGUAAUGAAAUGCUUCUAAGAGCCAGAGAGAAGGAGCGUAUGGAACGCGAGGCAGCUACCGCUUUUGAACAACAGCAACAGUCACAACAACAACCGCAGCAGUUGCAGCAGCAACAGCAACAGCCAAUCGGUGCAUCGUCGGAAAAUGAUGAUCAUCAUGAUGGCCCCGUGAAAUAUAAGAAAUUAAAGAAAAAAGUUGUAAUCGAAGUGCUCCGAAUUGUCAUGGAUGAAACCAAUCAGCAGCCACUGGUCAGCUGCCGUCUUGAUACAUCGCACAAGACAGUUACGUUUCAGUUUGCACCAGAUUCUGAUAAGCCAUCCGUGAUUACGAAGAAAUUGUUAGAUCAAGAUUGUUUAACGAGUCCGCAAGUAGGAGUUGUUGUGGAUCAGCUUGAAAAAAUUAUCCAGAUGAUUGUUACUGAUCCAGUAAAGGCAGUUGGUGUCAAAAUUAUAAGUUUUGUGGAUUUAGCAUCAGCAAAUGCAGGUGUCGAAACGACAGUGAGUCAGUCGAAUAUUGCGGCUAAUACCAUUACUUCUCCAGAUGUUUCAGUGGAAUCAAACUCAGCCCUAACAGCUACAUCUUCUGUGCAGAAUUUUCAGGCUGUUCAUCCUCUCUCGACACUGACAAAUCAGUCGCUUGAUCAAACGAUGAAUUCUACUGCCCCACAAUCGACAGACAUUACCACACCGUUCGUUAUUUCAAAUGCUUCUAUUUUUCAAAGUUCAUCUGGAAUGGCGCCGUCUCCAUCAUCUGCAACGCAACAACCUCCAGUUUCAGUUAUUUCACAUGCAGCUGCAUCAAUCACAACAACAACUCCUAGUAUUGCAAGUUCUGUUUUAACUCCUCCAGUAACAUUAGCAAUAACAACAGCAGUAACAACAUCAACAACAACGUCAACAUCAGCAGUAGCAAUAACAGUAACAACAGCAACAAUUACCGCAACCAAGACAUCACGUUUCCUGGUUACCAAAUCAACUUUGCCUGUUGAUAUUAGUAGCUCAAGCGCUCUUCCGUCUCUUAGUUCCAAUCUUCAACAACAGGCAAAGUUAACUGAUAGUGCAGUCUUGUUGGCACAAUCUUCUGCAACAUCAGCGUCGACUUCCAUUCCAAUGAUAACAUCGCUACAGAUAGCUGCAGGUUCAGGCGGAAUUAAUCAAGUCUUACCAGCCAUGUCUUCUGUGUCAUGUUCAUCAGCCAAGUCGUCGGUACCUACAACAGUACAAAUAGUGCCAUUUACUACUAUUUCUACUGGCCAAAUCACGACGGCAACAGUCAGUCAUAUGGAUAAUAGUCUCAUUAACGAACCUCAGGUAAAGGAUGCUCCACCAAUCGUAAUAGCAGUUAGUAAUAGUACGUCAUCGCCGUCAUUUAAUCCAUCGCUAACUGUGAACGCGUCAGCAACAGUUCUACAUCAUGUGGCGCGUGGUGAAUCACGUACAACGCUCGAGAAGUUGGAAAGUGAGCUUUGUAAAGUAAGCGGCGUAAAUCCAGCGAACAACAUUCCUAGCGUGACGAAUUCAGGAUCGGCUCCUCCACCUGAUGUUUUUGCAGUUUCUGGAGGUUCAUUAUUCUGUGCAUCUUUGCCGCAUACGCCGUCCGUUUGUAGCAAUUUGACGCAUAACUUGACAGAUCUAAAUGAUAAGUUGGUGGCGCUAAGUCAGAAAAUGCAGGGCGAACAAAUGGAAGAAGUUAUUUAUCAGAGCAGUGAAACUCUUGCACCAUUAACACAAACACAGCAGUCUCCAGCAAUCACGCCUAAUUUACCUAGUGCUUCGGCAGUGCCACUAGUAUCAGCAACACUGCCAAAUAUUGUUUCUGGAACGAUAACACCUGGUAAAACAAUCACUACUCCGGAAGCCGGGAUUCUUCACGUCGAUACACUCAAUGAACUUGCUGAUGCUCUGCAGAAGGUAAUUCAUGUUGAACCUCGUGAAACUGGUUCUGUACCACCAUCAGGUGUUGAUAUUGCUAGUCAUGUUACAUCACUCCCUGUUGAGCAUCCAUCACCAAAUGUAACAGACACACUUCAUGCGGGUACCAAUUCUAAAGCGAAGGGUGCCGGUUCUAAAGCGAAGGGUACCGGUUCUAAAGCGAAAAGGAAGAAGAGAGCUGUGCUUGCCAGUGAUACAACAAAGCAUACAUUGGAAGAUAUGAGAAAUAUAAGCAGUGAAGGAGAAGGUGGUGGAGGAGGAGGAAAUGCAAAGUUGGAAGAUGGGAAUCAUCUUGGGGUAACAUCACCUAAUGUUCCAAACAGCGAUGAGGCAGUACUAAAUAUUUCCGCAGUAGCUACCCAAAUAAACAACAAUACCAAUACGGCAACAUCAGAUGGUGGUGGUACAACAACUAAUUCAGCUCCAUUAGCGAAAUUUGAAAAUUUGGAAACAGCACUAACAACAACAUUAGGUACACAUGGGUGUUGCCCAACCGUACCAUAUAUCUUUAAUUCAACCCAUCCAAGUUACCGUAUCAAUAAUACUGCAAAUGCAGAUACUCAACAAACAGAAUUGACGCAGGUUUCGUCUAUGGAUGGAAUCCAUACAUCUCAGCAAUCGCCUAUUACGAUGUCUAGGGUAUGUGAAACAACGAAAAGAUCGACUGGUGAACUUGCUUCAAUGACAGCACCGAAAGGAGCGGUAUUUCAUGUUGGUACACCACCACCAACGCAUUUCAGUGAUUCGGCUAGUCAAACAGAGCUGAUCAGUACACGUGAUCCGUUCGACCAUAUGUUUAGUCCAACGACGUCUUACAAUUCCGACUGUGAUUUUCAGUUAGAUGAGGAAUGUAACGAUGAGGAGGAUGAUCCCAUAUGUUCGCUUUUACAAAGACACAAGCUUGAGAUGGAACUAUUACGCGAGCGACAGAACCGUGAACUACAGCAAGCACGUUCACGUUUUCGUCAUAAUCUAAGCAAUGGAAAUGCAUUGUCGACAACAACUGGUGGCUAUUUGACUCGUUCCGUCGAUAGUACUGGAAGUAUCUUACAUGGUCCUGUCCACAUUCCAUAUCAUCAUCCUCUAACCAGUUCGCGUGUUACUUCCCAAUUGGCCCUUCCUUCAUCGAUAUCUCUCCCCGGUAGUCCACCACAGCACAGUUUCCUUGGACAACAUCUUGCACCGUUAAGAGAUACCCUUCCGCGACGAUCAUGUGCGGCAACAUCAUUGGUUGAAUCUGCUCGUCACACAUCAGUUGAUGCAGCGUUAUCGCGAAGAUCAAUUCAUUACCCUUUGCAAAUUAGCAAUUAUGCAGUUGAUCAACAUCGCCAUUGCUAUUGCCAUCAUCAUUAUUAUAAUCAGCAACAGCAACAGGGCAGUAGUAGUUCAGAUCAUUGUCAUUUUUAUGGAAGCAUUUUAUCAAGACAACCAGUAGCAGCAAUUAUGCAUAGAACCAGUGCUAUCACUGAGAUCGCGCCGUCACUCAAUUCCAACAUCGAACGUCAGUUGCGUGAAACAUUUAGUACACCUCCUCAAUAA